UCGUUGGUGUCAGUGGGGGGAGGAAUAGUGCCCCAUCGUUGGUGUCAGUGUGGGGGGGGGAAUAGUGUUCCAUCGUUGGUGUCAGUGGGGGGGAGGAAUAGUGCCCCAUCAUUGGUGUCAGUGGGGGGGAGGAAUAGUGCCCCAUUGUUGGUGUCAGUGGGGGGAGGAAUAGUGCCCCAUCGUUGGUGUCAGUGGGGGGAGGAAUAGUGCCCCAUCGUUGGUGUGAGUGGGGGGAGGAAUAGUGCCCCAUCAUUGGUGUCAGUGGGAGGAAUAAUGCCCCAU